GCAAAAUCACCCGGAGGCAAAAAAAAAAUGCGAUGGGCAUGCGGUUUCUCCACCGAUCCUAAUUCUGGCCAAAAGCCACCGACAGGACAGCCCAUGCUGGAUCCAUUGGCCCACAGGCUGAGGGGCAACUCGUUCGUCAUGUUGUUAGAUUUCUUAUUAUUAACGGUUUUGAUUGAUUGUCGUCACAACGGAGCACCGCAGGCCGGACUGGAUAUUUUUCAUCUGUUUAAUAUUAUUACUUUCCAUUGUUGUCUCUUUGCAUUCAUCUCUAUUCCCGAUUCUUGAUAGAGUAUAUACAACUAAUAGAUUAUUUCGCUUGUCUGUUUCUCUUUAUAUUCAUUGUACUUUUUCUUCUCUUCACCCCGCAGACGUUUUAUCAAUCUACCCCACGAUAACUCACCCAUGGCUCCAAUUGUCCAUUUUGUCCGCCAUGCGCAGGGCUACCACAACCUCAGCACCGCCAACCACGUUCUCCCCGACCCAGAACUCACCCAACUAGGCGAACAACAAUGCGCUAAGCUGCGUGACAGCUUCCCCAAUCACUCCAAAAUCGAAUUGGUAGCUGCUUCUCCCUUGAGACGAACCAUCCGUACUGCCCUCCUCAGUUUCCAACCUGUGUUCGAGGCGCAUAAGGAUUUCAAAAUUGUCUGUAUCCCAGAGGCCCAGGAGACAAGUGACGUUCCAUGCGACACCGGAAGUGAUCCUGCGGUGCUGCAAAAGGAGUUUGUUGACAGCGGUUUACCGGUGGAUAUAUCGUUGGUGAAGGAUGGCUGGAAUAGCAAGCAAGGGAAAUGGUCACCGAAUGCCGCUGCGCUAAGGAAUCGGGCUCGCGAGGUUAGGCAAUGGCUUCGUGCUCGUCCUGAAAAGGAGGUGGUCCUCGUCACCCAUGGAGGGUUGCUGCACUUCCUGACUGAGGAUUGGGAGGAUAGCAGUCUUUACCAGGGCACCGGAUGGCGUAACACUGAAUACCGUACAUACCAUUUCUCAGAUAAGAUUGAUUUUGAAGACAUCAAUGGCGAAAAGCUCAACGGCGACGAUGCCACCAUCAUUGAAAUUCCCGAGUCUCGCACGCGACGCGGAAAGAGCCCCGAAGCUCCAUCACGAGAAGAACAGAAAGCAAAUUACAAGAAGGGCCUUGAUGGCUGGAAUGCACAAGGCUUACAACCCAGCCAAAAGGAGCGGGGGACAGCCAAUGUCAGUGCGGGGGUUGAAGUCAACGGCAGUCGUAUUUAAAUUUGACAUGGUUUAUAAAUUCCUUGUGUCCUCUUUUGAUGUGUGGGAAGGUAUUACUCGUUGUUUUAGAAUAAAGUCGGUAAUAAAUAUUAUGUAUACGAUCACCAGCGAAUAUGUUACGCUUUCUUAGACCUCCUUUCCCUUCUGGGGUUUGUUUCUAUUGCUACUGCAUGUUGCUGAUACACUCAACCACCUUUGAGCCUCCUCGAUAUGACAAAGAUAAUGAAUCUAUUCAAUCUCUGAAAGGCAAUCUUCUAAUAUACAACAAUGAAUAGCGAUUCCUAUGUCUCCAAA